AUGACCUCAUCUCACACGAAGAACCUUCCUCACUACUUCCUCUUCCGCAUUCCCCUCUUUGGGACCUGCUUCAAAGACUGGAACACUCAGCUGGACUGGGACUCAACCGACGACCUCCUCAAGGACAACGGCUUCGGCCUCGACCACAGCUUCGGCUUCUGCCCCAUGCUCCUGCCACCUCGCCCCGGUCCCCGUCCUCCACCGACCCCUCCUCCAAACCCGCGGCCUGGUCCCCUACCUCCGCGCCCGCCAAAUCCCCCUCCGACUCCCCCACCAAGCCCGCCUAGGAGGAGUGCAGCUUUCGGGUUGAUGAUUGCAGCUUAUUAA